AUGAGCCCUCAGGUGGAUGGCCCAGCUGAGGCUGCAGAUUUGGAAAAUGUUCGCCAAAAGAGCUUGGACAUCGCGCCUGUCGAAUUUGAGCCGGAGGACAAGAUGAACAACACUCCGCAAUACAAGCAAGAUGCCUUUGGCGAUGAGGAAUUUGCGGAGGUUAAGUACAAGAUCAUGAAGUGGUGGCAAUGCGGUUUGCUGAUGGUUGCUGAGACUGUGUCGCUCGGUGUCCUGUCGCUCCCUGCCGCUGUUGCAGCACUUGGUCUUGUCCCCUCGGUUAUUCUCAUUAUCGGACUUGGUCUCCUCGCUACCUGGACGGGCUACAUGAUCGGACAAAUAAAGCUGAAGUACCCCUACAUCAUGACAAUGGCCGAUGCAGGCGAAGUCCUCGGAGGCGCAUUUGGUCGUGAAUUUAUGGGCAUCUGCCAGAUUCUUUUCCUCAUCUUCAUCAUGUCGAGUCACCUUUUGACCUUCACCGUCGCCAUGAACACUAUCACCAACCACGGCACUUGUUCGCUUGUCUUCGGCAUUGUUGGCACGAUCCUCUCCUUCUUGUGCUGCCUGCCGCGUACACUAGAGAAGAUGUCCUGGUUGUCGCUUGUUUCCUUCGUGAGUAUCAUCGCUGCAGUCUUCAUCUGUAUGAUUGCCGUCGGUAUCGAGAACCCUGGCAGCGGCGUCGUUGCCGUUGCCAAAACCGAUCUCUACCACGGCUUUUCGGCCGUGUGCAAUAUUGUCUUUGCUUUCUCCGGCCACGCGGCCUACUUCGGUCUGAUGGCUGAGCUGAAGAAUCCGCGCGACUUCACCAAGUCUCUCUGUUUGCUCCAGGGAAUCGAUAUAAGUCUGUACUUGGUUGCCUCUCUGGUCAUUUACCGCUACGCUGGUGACGGUGUCACCUCGCCUGCCUUGGGCUCAGCCUCGCCGCUUGCUGCCAAGAUUGCCUAUGGCAUUGCCCUGCCUACGAUCAUCAUCGCCGGUGUCAUCAACGGCCACGUUGCAGUCAAGUACGUCUAUAUGCGCCUCUUGGCCGGAACAGACCGCAUGCACAAGCGCGACUGGGUUGCCGUCAGCCUCUGGAUCGGUAUUGCCGUGGGUCUUUGGAUCCUCGCUUGGAUCAUCUCAGCUGCGAUUCCUGUCUUCAGCAACCUGCUGAGUCUGAUUACUGCUCUGUUUGCUUCUUGGUUUAGUUACUGCCUCGGCGGCGUUUUCUGGCUGUAUAUUAACAACGGCCGUCUCUUCUCCUCCCCGCGGAUGAUAAUCUGCACCGUCGUAAACCUGGUCCUCAUUGGAAUCGGACUGACCAUCUGUGGUAUGGGCCUGUGGGUAUCUGGAAAGGCUAUUCACGACAAUCCCAGCAGUGCGAGCUUCUCGUGUGCAAACAACGCUUGA